AUGCCUUCAGAAGCUGGUCACAGAUUAUACGUCAAGGGUCGCCACCUGAGCUACCAGCGUAGCCGUCACACGACCCACCCGAAGACGAGCCUGAUCAAGAUCGAGGGUGUCGAUGACACCGGUGCUGCCAACUUCUACCUCGGCAAGAAGGUCGCCUAUGUCUACCGCGCACAGAAGGAGAAGCGAGGCACCAACAUCAGGGUGAUCUGGGGCAAGGUCACCAGACCGCAUGGCAACUCGGGAGUCGUCCGCGCCAAGUUCACCAACCCCCUCCCCGCACGAUCUUUCGGCGCGUCUGUUCGCAUCAUGCUUUACCCAUCCUCGAUAUAA